GUUUCGCUGCUCGCUCAAAGCACUGCAACGUCAAGGCGUAUUCAUCUUUGUUGGUCGGACAAGACAUCGACCGUCAUAUUAUUGUCCUGCCUAGUGAAGCAUGGUGUUCUUACACUGGCUGAGGCAAAAGACACCUACAAGGAUGUGCAUGUCGGCGUAAAGUACAUUUGUAAUAUACACUAUGUCAAGGCGGUCCUGUACAUUGUUGGGGAGAUCGAGCGGAUGUGGCACAGCUUACCGGCGGACUUUUCACCGGAUGUUAUCGAUGAUGUUCCAGUAGACGUCAUCCAGAACAUAGCUGCGCAUCUUCAAGAUGCCGCUUAUUCCUUGGAUGUGACCGUUCAGGAUGCUCUUGGCUUGCAGCCAAAAAAUGUAGUCGCUUUUUUCAAAGGAUGCAUGACGAGAUAUAGCUACGACGUAUUACGGUGCAGGUUCUCACUUUUGGACGCAAACUAUGUAAAUGACGACUCCGACGAUGAAGAUAUGCUGGGUUUGUCACAUCCUCAACAGGACUCUUCCUUAAGUACUGCCGACAAACUUCAAGGGCCUGAAUGCUCAGGUGAGGAAGGUGAUAUUGUGGAAAUAUCUGCCGAAGGGACGGAAGAAGAUUCUCUGACCGCGGGAAGAACGGAAAUAACUAUUUCGUCGCCCGACGAUCCUCAGACAAGUGCAGCAUUAGUAGACAACGAACGGUCGACUGAGCGUUAUUGUUUAUUGUGCGAAUUUUGUCGACACGAAAGAAAUUUACGGGCAACAUCGAAAUAUCCUGUGCAGAAUCUGAUACUUAUUGGGGCACUGUUUAUGGGUAACAAAAUCAAUAUGGACACUGCUCGCCGUAUUUAUAAUGAUACCCGCUCUAAACGUGUGCGGAUUUGCAAAGAUCAUUUUGUUGAAGCCAAAGAUGUGGAGCUGAAUGAAAUUGAAAUAACUCGGUUUUACAAUGAUUGUAUGGCGAAGUACCACAGUGAAGAUCCUCCAAAAUUAUAUGAAAGUGAUGCGAUAUCUAGUUCAUCAGCUGGUCAAUCUGAAGAUCCCGAAGAGGUCGCCAUAGAUGAUGAAUCAGGGUCUAGUCGUAAACGGAAACUUCCAAGUGUGAACUCGUCCGAUGUCAUUGAUAAGAAAAUGAAACGCCAGAAAGAUCAUUUCUGUGCGGCAACAUUUCUUUACUGUGAAGUGCAGCAGAACGGAGAAAAUCUAUCCGACAGAGAUUUCGCUUCCCUCAGCGCCCUCACGAAGUACGGUUUGUGUGAACGGAUACAAAUGUACUGUGACCUAGUCGGCAAUGGAUUUGAUAUUAAAUGUAUGACGAUUUAUCAUGUUUCUUCAAUGAUUGUCAAACAAGGUACGAACAUUGUGCAGCACGCUGAAGCACAAAGUGCAAUACAAAGUAGGGAACAGAGGAAGCAGGCAACUGUUGCGUCAGUGAUUGAUGAAGUAGUUGCUCAAACUUCUAUGGACAGUGCCAUUCGAGAAUCCGUCGUUCCGGUCCAACCAGUGGCUAGGGACUACAAUGUGAUGCCUGAUAAAGCCGAAUGUUCGAUGUCAUAUGGCGAGUCUGAGCCGCUGCAAAGAGGUGGUUUUUGGUCGAGAGGAGAAGUGGACUUUGUCGAUUCAUCGGAUAGGCGUAGAAGAUUGGAGUUGUACCGGAGAGCACCCUUGAUAAGCCGGAAUAGAAAGCAGUUUUGUGGGCUCUGCUAUCAAAAUCGAUGUGUGUCCAACUUUCGGAAGGCCAUGUCAACGUCAAAUAGAAGUCUGGCUAUACUACUAUCGUUGUUGCUAAAACAAGACUUGAUUCCUGUCAAAGUGGCAAAGCAUGCGUACAAAAACCGUUCUGCUUUAUUCAUCUGCCAUGAGCACUUUAUCCAGGCGGGCGCGUCUAUCAUGGCUGACAUUGAGGAUAAAUUUGGCAAACUCGAUGGGGACGCUGUGCCGCAAUAA